AUGGGUAUUUGCUUGCUUCUGACGGAGCAGGAGAGAGACAACCCAGGACCGCUGUUUGGAACGAGCCCGCACGACGAAGUUGCUGUAGGGACCACCAGCUACGACCUCGUCGCGUGCGUAUCGGCGCACGCCAGUCGGCAAAUAAUCAAGAGACCUGGUUACAACCGGCUUGUCCUGCAAAUAGGUAGAGGGAAGGUGGUACCUGAGCCAUUCAGUACCGAGUCAUUUACUCUGGAUGUUUACAGGUACAAGAAUUCCUUGGAAGAAGACCUUGGGAUAGCAGAUCUUGUUAUUAGUGGUGCAGGUGCAGGAAGUUGUUUGGAGACUCUUGAAAAAGGAAAGCCACUUGUAGUGGUUGUAAAUGAAAAAUUGAUAAGCAAUCAUCAGCUGGAAUUGACAAAGCAGUUCUACAGAGACGGACAUCUCUUCUAUUGUACGUGCAGGGUCGGGACUUGUCCUGGGCAAGCCAGCCCUUUGUCUCCUGCUCCUGAGAAGUGCCAAGAUUCUACAGUGCGGACUCCAUCUGCCUUCUCAUACCUAGACUUUGGGCUGCUUUCCAGAUACCUGCAUAAGCAAGCCCUUGUCACUGCUCCCCAUCCUACCUGCACCCUUUUCCCUCUUUGCCACCCUGUUCCUUUAUCCUUCCCUCCCACCUCCACCCUCUCAUGCACGAUGUAUAAAGGAUGGAAAAAGUACUACGCCCAGAAGUCUCUGAGAGAGGCAUCAAUGGAUGAAUAUUUAGGCAGCUUAGGGCUGUUUCGGAAGCUGACUGUCAAGGAUGCCUCUUGCCUCUUUCGGGCUAUUUCGGAGCAGUUGUUUUGCAGCCAGGUCCAUCAUUUGGAAAUCAGGAAGGCUUGUGUUUCAUAUAUGAGAGAAAAUCCACAACCUUUUGAGUCUUAUGUAGAGGGAUCUUUUGAGAAAUACCUGGAACGGUUGGGAGAUCCCAAGGAAAGUGCUGGCCAGCUGGAAAUAAGAGCUCUUUCUCUAAUUUAUAAACGGGAUUUCAUUCUUUAUUGCUAUCCCGGAAAGCCUCCAAUUUAUGUCACAGAUAAUGGCUAUGAAGACAAGAUUCUACUCUGCUCUUCAAGUAAUGGGCAUUAUGAUUCAGUAUACUCAAAACAGUUUCAGUCAAGUGCUGCUGUUUGUCAAGCUAUAUUGUAUGAAAUUCUCUAUAAAGAUGUGUUUGUUGUAGAUGAAGAAAAGUUGAAGACUGCAGUUCAGUUGUUUCGAAGUAGUUCCAGAAAGAACAGAAACAAUGUGACUGGCAGUGAGGAUGACCUUAUUGACUACAAGAGUUCAGCUCAGGAUAGGACUGAAGAGUUAGGUGCCUGCUGCGAUGCUGAAAAUAUACCAGAGGAGUACAGUGAAGGAACAGAUGAAGCAAAGUCUCCAGGAAACCAGUCAAAGAUGCCCUUCCCUUACAAGGUGCUCAGAGCCCUGGAUCCGGAAAUCUAUCAUAAUGUAGAAUUUGAUGUUUGGUUGGACAGCAAAAAAGAACUUCAAAAAUCUAAUUACAUGGAGUAUGCUGGGAGACUGUACUAUUUGGGAGACAAGUGUCAGGUUCACUUGGAUUCAGGUGGAAGAUACUAUGAUGCUCAUAUUCAGGAACUUGGAAAUGAGAACCAUUCAGUAACAGUCUUCAUUGAAGAACUGGCAGAAAAGCAUGUUGUUCCACUGGCUAACUUAAAACCAGUUACCCCAGUGUCACCUGUUCCUGUCUGGAAUCCUGUGCCUGUUCAGAAAGGAAGAGGUUACCAGAAAACUUCGGGGAUCUAUGGCCCAGAAAUGGCUACGUCAGACGUGAGCAUGAAGCAACGGAAGAAGACGGUCAAGAAAGAUAGAGGAAAAGAGAUUCAUAUGACUAUGGCUUACAGCAAGGGAGACACUCCCUUCCCGCCAAGACUUCAGCGGAGUAUGCGUUACGGGCAUGACCACUCACAGAAAGCUGGCAAUACUAUGUCUAGUGAACAUUCUCAUCCUCAGCAUUCAUCUCAGAGACUCAGUUGGAUAGAUGGGAUGCCCAGGGAUUCAUCUCGCUUUAUAAAUAGGCACAAUAUGGAGGGCCCUAAAGUUGGUUUUCACCCUGGCCCAGAUAAAAGGUGCUACCAGAGCUAUGAUAACUUCUCCUAUAGAUCUCGUUCCUUUAGGCGUAGUCAACGCCAAAUGCAUUGUGUGAAUAAGGAGAGUGAGAAUAGCUUUGCUCCCGAGAAUGGACAGAUGCCCAGGGGCUUGGAAGAAACCAUUACUGUUUGUGAAGUUGAAGAAGAGAGUGAGACUGCUUAUCCAACUCUACCUAAUCAUGGAGGACCCUCUACAAUGGUUCCUGUUCCUUCGAGAUACUAUGUUGCAAGGCAAGGAUGUAGCUCAGGCACACAGACUUUGAAUUCAGAGGAAGGCAAUGACCAGAAUGACAAUGAAUGCUCACUUUUUACUUUACUUUGGCUAUAUUCUCUAGAACCAGACUACGAAACUUCAGAUGUUCAUAGCACAACUGAAUCUACAGCAAACUUGUCUCUUCAGGACAGAGGACCAUGUUCUAUGUCUCCUCAGGACACAUUUACCUCAUACAACUACCCCCAGAAGGUGAUGGUAAAUUCUGCAGCAGUUGCAGCUUCCUGUGCCAGUAAUGUUCCAGCUUCAGUCCUAUCAAACUGUGCAGCAGCUAAUCAAGCUGGAAAUACCACUUCAGUUCCCUCAGAGAAUGUUAUGCAGCCUCUAUUUGUAUCUCCACCUACACAAGGCAGGCCAGUGAUCACCUCACCAUCCUGCCCAUACCUCUCUGCUCCUAUUCCUGCUGCCUAUCUACCACCACCACCUGUUUCUCCUCCUCUUCCUCCUUCUCCUCCUUCUUCUUCUUCUCCUUCCUAUUCUCUUUAUCCUCUUGAGGUGGGAGAGGCUUCAGAUUUACCACCUCCACCUCCACCUUAUUCCUGUGAUCCAAGUGGCAAUGAUCUGCCUCAAGAUAUGAGAGUUCUGCAGUACUAUUUCAAUCUGGGAUUGCAGUGCUAUCACCACAACUACUGGUGCUCCUUGGUCUAUGUGCCAUAUAUGCACCAGCAGCAGCAGCUUCAUGUACAGAAUUACCCAGGCUAUACUGAGACACCUUCUCUGGCAGACCAAACCAGUUCUCAGUUGUACAGUGAGGUGGAGAGUCAAGAUGGCACACAGGCAGAAGCAUCAGCAAGUGAUACUUUUCCAAAUGCUGACCCUGCAUCUGUGCCUCAUGGAGCAGUCAGUUAUCCAGUGAUGUCAGAUCCCUUUGGGAAGCCGUCUUUGCUUGGUUUUGAAUCCUGCCUCCCUGUUUUGCCUUGUGUCCCUUGGCAUCCAGUUGGUGCAGCAUGUGGUGGUUCUUGUCAUAUUCAUGGUACUAUGAGACCUGGGCCAGAUGGCUAUAUUGCUUCAUCUCCAUUAGCUUCUCAUCAUGUACCUCAGAAUAUGUAAGAUUCAGCAGUAUGAAGCAUUCUUAACACUGCCAUUUUUCUUGCUGUUCUGGUUUUUAAAAAUUGUUUUAUGUUAGUGUUUGAAUUAGGUGGUGAGAGUGGUUACUAUUAUAUUUGUCUUUAAAAUUGUUUUAUCUUCUGGUUUAAAAUAGUACUUUAAAAUAAAGGAGUAUUACUCUGG